AUGUCGUCCAAGUCCCAAUUGACCUACGCUGCCCGUGCCAGCAGCCACCCCAACCCGCUGGCCCGCCGGCUCUUCCAAGUCGCUGAAGCCAAAAAAAGCAACGUGACUGUCUCUGCCGAUGUAACUACUACCGCGGAGCUCUUGGACCUGGCCGACCGCCUGGGACCCUACAUUGCCGUGAUCAAAACCCAUAUCGACAUUCUCUCGGACUUUAGUGAGGCAACAAUCACCGGCCUCAAGACCCUCGCCGAGAAGCACAACUUCCUCAUCUUCGAAGACCGCAAAUUUAUCGACAUCGGCAACACCGUCCAAAAGCAGUACCACCAGGGCACCCUCCGCAUCUCUGAGUGGUCCCACAUCAUCAACUGCAGCGUCCUGCCGGGCGAGGGCAUCGUCGAAGCGCUGGCACAAACCGCCCAGGCCCCCGACUUCCCCUACGGAUCUGACCGUGGCCUACUCAUCCUGGCGGAGAUGACGUCGAAGGGAUCGCUCGCGACGGGUGCAUAUACGUCCGCAUCAGUCGACUAUGCGCGCAAGUACCCCAGCUUUGUGCUCGGCUUUGUGGCAACGAGGGCGCUCGGUGAGGUUGAGAGUGAGGUGGCGAAGAAGGAGGAUGAGGAUUUUGUGGUUUUUACGACGGGCGUGAAUCUAGAGUCCAAGGGGGAUAAGCUUGGACAGCAGUAUCAGACGCCACAGUCGGCUAUUGGGAGGGGUGCGGACUUUAUUAUUGCUGGGCGCGGCAUCUAUACGGCUGCUGAUCCGGUUGAGGCGGCGAAGAAGUAUCAGCAGCAGGGGUGGGAGGCGUAUCUGGCGCGUGUGGGUGGUAGCCAAUAG